ACAUUGUUUUGUUUUCUGACAGAUUUUUCUAAGUUUGUGGUAAAAUGGAGAACGAUUUAAUGAGAAUUUACAAAUAAAUCCAAAGAAUUAUAAUGUCACAACCUGAACAACAAGGUUGGGAUAAUGAUGAAGAUGAGCCAGAUAAUGUGCCUUCUGCUGAAAUAGAGAAUGGACAUGUUACAUCUAAUACGGAAGAUGAAUCGGAAACUUCUGAGGAGGAAAAUCCAACAACCUCCAGAGAAGGUGAUUUCGAUACAGACUUACCUACAAUUCACAAGUACCUUGGAAAACUGGAUAAUGUCAGAGGUUACACUCUUUAUGAUGAUGGACAAAUAAUUAGUAUUCUUGCAAUUUACACAACAACCAUGGUAUUUCCAGGAUUUACGUUACCUUUAGUUAUAAAUAUGUAUAUGGAAACCUCCAUUUUGAAAGAAUUCCUUGAGAAAAAUAAUGUGUUUGUUUUACUGUGUGCCAAUGCUACUUUUAAUGGCAUUCAUAAUUAUGGAGUAACUAUGGAGGUAUUUGAAACACAAGAAAGAUAUAAUGUCCUUAACAUUAAAGCAAGAGGAAGACAAAGAUGCAAACUUGUACCAAAUGCUGAAAUAAGGAGUUUAACUGGUAGACUGAAACGUGUGACUGUACAGAUAUUAGCUGAGCCAAAAGUUUUAACUCCACUAUGUGAUACACAGCUAUUGAGUUUGAAACAGAGGAGACUGUAUAGUUCUAGAAGUUAUGAUGAUGUAGAGAAAAAUUAUAAAUUCAGAAGGUAUCAUUUGGCCCAAUACCCUUUAACAUCUUGGAUAUAUGAUAAAAAUGAGGCAAGUUACUAUGUAAAGUUGAUUCUUGAUUCUCUGGCACAUUAUGUGGGAGAAUAUAUCCCGGAAGACCCAAUUAAACUUAGUUAUUGGUUUGUACAAAAUUAUCAGUUAAGCCAUGAAGAACGAUUACAUAUUUUAUCAUUGAAUUCUGCAUUAGAGAGAUUGAAACUUGAGUACAAAUAUCUGAAAUUGGACCGAAGUAUGUGUUGCAAUAGUUGUGGAGUCCAUAUAACAGAUCCCAGUAAAGUAUUUGCAAUGUCUAAAGAUGGUAUCCAAAGUAAUUAUGUGAAUCCAGGUGGGCAUGUUUAUGAAACAGUCACAGUUACAUCAGCUCAAAAUUUUAAAUUGGAAGGACAACCAUCAAAGCAAUUUUCGUGGUUUCCUGGGUAUGCAUGGACAAUUAUGCAGUGCAACAGUUGCCACAAUCAUCUAGGUUGGCAAUUCACCAGUAAUACCUUACGUCCCAGAUGUUUCUAUGGUUUAGCAAAAGUAGGUUAUAAAGUUGUUAUAACUAACAGAAGUAAUUCAUCAGAUGAAUUUCUAGAAUUAAUUAACUCUAGGACGAUAAGCUUUUCAAAUGAUUACAUAUCUAUUGUACCCAUAUAAAGAAGGCUUAUUGUUAUUGUUUUUGAUAAGUUGGAUAAAGAAACACAGAAUUGUAAUGAGUAAAGACAUGUAUAAUAUGCAGAAAAUUGUAGUGAGUAAAGACUUAUUACUUAUAAAGUAAUGAAUUGUAUAUAAUUAUGAAUCUUUGUAGAAAAUCUAUAACGUAAAAAUAAAACAAAUUUUUUAUACUACCAAAUUUCAUAAACCUACCACGUAGCAAUGAAAAGGUUAAACUAUAAUAAUCAAAAGGAAUGAAGUUAGUCUGAAUAUGAUCUAUGGAUUCAAUAUAGCCAAGAUGUUAUCUAACUUUUGGUAUCUAAUAUGAAGGUGAAGAAGAUAUUACAAAAUUAUUAAUAAGUUUUAUGAGUAGAUUACUUUCAAACGCUGUAGGUUUAAUUAUGAAGUUUCCCGCCACUAGAGAUGUCUUUUUGUAGAUUAGUGUUAUAUAUCUCCGUUAAGUCAAUUGCUAAUAUAAUAUUUCCUCGUAGAUUUCAUAUUUUAUUGUACAGUUGUUCGCAUUGCAGUAUAAUUAUGGUAAAUUGUUUUUAGUUCAAAAAAGUAUAUAAAUAACCUUUGGUGUAUUUUUCAGAUAUGCUGAUUGGCUUGGAAUCAAUUAUUCAAUGGGCAUUUCAGAUAGUAUCCUGUCAACUUCUUAUACCUAGUUAGUUACUGUAGAAGGAAACUAUUCACUCAUUUCAUUUUUGAGAACGAAACUGGGAAUUUGAACAGUUUUGUUUCAAUUUAAUAUGUUAUUAUAUGUAUAUUUAUAGCAUGUAAUAUAGUUGAAAUUAUUUAUCACAAUAAAAAUUUAGUUUAU